UGCGUGCGGAAGCGGCGAGCCAAUCCCCACAGACCUUCACGCCCGCCUCUGGGAUUACUUCCGCUUCCGGGUCACGCCCUGCCCCGCUCUCCCGGCGUCGCUCGCGCGCCCAGGUCAAGAUGGAGGAGUACGCGCGAGAGCCCUGCCCCUGGCGCAUUGUGGACGACUGUGGUGGGGCCUUUACCAUGGGUACCAUAGGCGGCGGCAUCUUCCAAGCGGUCAAAGGUUUUCGCAAUUCCCCAGUGGUGAGUGGUAUCUCAUUUUAUCGCCGCCUGAAACCGGGGUUCGCCACCGUCGCCGACAGGGCCCCACCGGUGGGUUGGAAGCCGUGUUCUUUGAAUACACCUCUGUCUGCCUUUCCACAGGGCGUGAACCACAGGCUGCGAGGGAGUCUGACGGCCAUUAAAACCAGGGCUCCGCAGUUGGGAGGUAGCUUUGCGGUGUGGGGAGGUCUGUUCUCCAUGAUCGACUGCAGCCUGGUUCAGGUCCGAGGGAAGGAGGACCCCUGGAACUCCAUCACGAGUGGGGCCUUGACGGGAGCCAUCCUGGCCGCCAGAAACGGACCGGUGGCCAUGGUGGGGUCAGCCGCGAUGGGCGGCAUCCUUCUGGCUUUAAUCGAAGGAGCUGGCAUCUUGUUGACGAGAUUUGCCUCCGCACAGUUCCCCAACGGGCCUCAGUUUGCUGACGACCCCUCCCAGCUGCCUGCGGCCCCGGCCCCGGCCCCACUGCCGUCCACGCCGUUUGGAGACUACCGGCAGUUCCAGUAGGACUCCUCCCAGAGGGCGCGGGCAGGACGGCUCUCAGGACCUCAGUGACAGGUGGUUCCAGACCGGAGGUGGACAGCUGCGGCCACAGAGGCCACGAAGAGACUUCUAGCAUUUUCUCUAUUUAAAGGAACAUGGGGUGGGGUGUUAAAGGAUAAUCCACUUAUUUAUUCGCCCGGAGGGCGUUCGUAAUCAAAGUGAGUGUCUGAUAUCUUUAAGAAAACAUUAAGGGCCGAGAAGAUGCAGGACCACAGGGCACACGGCCUGAGCUUGGCCACCAGCUCCUCGGGGACUCCUGCCUGGCUUGGUGUUCUGUUAGUCAAACAAUAAAACUCCCGGAGCUUGCUCCUUCUUCGAUAA